UAAGUAUUCCACCACGAAAUAAUAAAAAACCUUAUAUAAACUAUAGGCAUGUCAAAAGUAAAAUGGGACUUUAGGGAUAUUUCUUGGGGACUGCGAAAGUUUCGUGAGUUUCUAUUAGGCAGAAAACAUGACAUUCCCAAUCUUCAUGUCCGUUUCCCACCUCGGAUAUCCCCAAGAUCCAUCCCUACUCCCAGUAUUCCUCGUGGGCCUGAGGUCAUAAAUAAGUAUUAUGAUCAAUGGUACAUGGACAGGAGCGCUCGAGAUGGAGUGAAGCCGCCAGUUGUGGGACCUUUGGGUGAAGGUCCAGCGUACCCGUUGGAUUGUACAAAGUCACCUCAGAAUAUCACAAACAUGAAACCAACAGAGGUUAAGUUCGCUUGCGCUCCAACACCCGGCACGCCUUGGUGGUGGGACGGCCACUGCUACUACGAGCUUAAAAAGGAGGCGAAAAAAUGUAAGGAGCUUGUAAAGUGUCCUCCACCUGGCAAAUAAAUGUGCUAAAUGAUAAUUUAGGUAUGGUGAAUUCUUGUUACU